CAGAGAAUCUGAAGACUCUAGAUGACAUCAGAGCGACUUUGCACCAGCCUUCUCAAUUUCCUUUCUCAGAAAGCAGAGGCUCAAACUUUGGAGACAGACGGACACUGAUAAUUAUACAAUGGAGAUCUCACAAUGAAGAUGAAAAAACAGUUUAUUCACUAAGGAUUAUACAAUUACAUCUUGCUGCUACAGACUCUUCUAUUAAAGAAUUCUGCUUCUCGUUGCUUAGGAGUAGGAAUUGAUCAUCUUUUUGGUCAUUCUGCAUUGGAGUUUACCUCCCUUUAUCGUAUGAUUGUCAAGAAAUCCUGAUCAGAAUGUAACAGUAGAUCUCUGUCUAAUUGCUAUGGAAGGUUAUAAACUGACACUCGCUUAUUAAAGUUACAUCUAAGCCCAAGAAAACCAUUCUUAAAAGUGAAUAGAAACCAAGCCCUUGUAAAUACGUCUGUUGAACAUGACUCAUGGAGAAGAGCUUGGCUCUGAUGUGCACCAGGAUUCUAUUGUUUUAACUUACCUAGAAGGAUUACUAAUGCAUCAGGCAGUCGGGGGAUCAGGUACUGCGGUUGACAAAAAGUCUGUUGGGCAUGAUGAAGAAGAUCAGAACUUUAACAUUUCUGGCAAUGUAUUUCCUGCCUGUCAGAGUAAUAGUCCAGUCCUCAACACACAUACAUAUCAGGGAUCCAGCAUGCUGCAUCUCAAAAAAGCCAGACUGUUGCAGUCUUCCGAGGACUGGAAUGCAGCGAAGCGGAAGAGGCUGUCUGAUUCCAUCGUGAAUUUAAACGUAAAGAAGGAAGCUUUGCUAGCUGACAUGGUUGACAGUGUGCCUAAAGGCAAACAGGAUAGCACAUUACUGGCCUCUUUGCUUCAGUCAUUCAGCUCUAGGCUGCAGACUGUUGCCCUGUCGCAACAAAUUAGGCAAAGCCUUAAGGAGCAAGGAUAUGCCCUCAGUCAUGAUUCUUUAAAAGUGGAGAAAGAUUUAAGGUGCUAUGGUGUUGCAUCAAGUCAUUUAAAAACUUUGCUGAAGAAAAGUAAAGCUAAAGAUCAAAAGCCUGAUACCAAUCUUCCUGACGUCGUGACUAAAACCCUCAUCAGAGAUAGGUUUGUAGAGUCACCUCACCAUGUUGGACAGAGUGGGACAAAGGUCAUGAGUGAACCGUUGUCAUGUGCUGCAAGAUUACAGGCCGUUGCAAGCAUGGUGGAGAAAAGGGCUAGUCCAGCCACCUCACCCAAACCUAGUGUUGCUUGUAGCCAGUUAGCAUUACUACUAUCAAGUGAAGCCCAUUUGCAACAGUAUUCUCGGGAGCAUGCUUUAAAAACUCAAAAUGCAAAUCAGGUGGCAAGUGAAAGACUUGCUGCUAUGGCCAGAUUACAGGAAAAUGGUCAGAAGGAUGCUGGCAGUUUUCAACUCUCAAAAGGAAUGUCAAGCCAUCAUAAUGGCCAAGCAAGAACAUCAUCAAGUAAACCAAUCACUAGCAAAAGUAAUUCUACAACAUUUCAGAGUCCAACAGGUAUUGUUCCUUCUUCCCCCAAAAAUUCAGGCUACAAGAACUCACUGGAGAGAAACAGUGUAAAGCAAGUUGCUAGUAAUAGCUUGCUUUUACAUCUUCUUAAGAGCCAGACCAUACCUAAGCCAAUGAAUGGACAUAGUCACAGUGAGAGAGGAAGCAUUUUUGAGGACAGUAGUACACCUACCACUAUUGAUGAAUAUUCUGACAACAAUCCUAGUUUUACAGAUGAUAGCAGUGGUGAUGAAAGUUCUUACUCUAACUGUGUUCCCAUAGACCUGUCUUGCAAGCAUCGAGUUGAAAAGCUAGAAUCUGACCAACCCGUGUCUCUGGAUAACUUUACUGAAUCCUUGCUAAACACUUGGGAUCCAAAAGUCCCAGAUGUAGAAGUCAAAGAAGAUCAUGAUACCUCAAAGAAUUCUAAACUUAGUUCACACCAGAAAGUAACACUUCUUCAGUUACUACUUGGUCAUAAAAAUGAAGAAAAUAUGGAAAAAAAUGGCAGCCCUCAGGGAAUCCACAGUGAUGUGACAAAGUUCAGUUCUCAAACUUAUACAAGGACUUCUGUAAUAGAAAGCCCCAGUACAAAUAGGACUAGUACUCCAGUGAGCACUCCACCAUUACUUCCAUCCACCAAAGCGGAGUCCCCCAUCAAUCUUUCUCAGCAAUCUCUGGUUAUCAAGUGGAAUUCUCCACCAUAUGCCUGCAAUACUCAGUCUGAAAAGCCAAUGAAUACUGCCUCCAAUCACUUGAUAGACCUUACAAAAAACAAAGAAUCUCAAGCAGAGAAAUCAGUCCACAAUGAAAGUGUACAAAACGCUGCAACUUUCAGUGCCAGUAAGCUGUUACAGAAUUUAGCACAAUGCGGGAUGCAGUCUUCCAUGUCGGCAGAAGAACAGAAACCCAGUAAGCAGCUGUUACCAGUAAAAACAGAUAAACAUAUUGGUGUGAUUGAUAGAUUAAACAGUCCUCUGCUUUCGAAUAAAACAAAUGCAGUUGAAGAAAAUAAAGCCUUCAAUAGUCAGCCAGCAGCUUCUGAACAAGGACUCUGUGGAUCUGAGAUAGAAAAUCUACUGGAAAGACGCACUGUCCUCCAGUUGCUUCUGGGGAAUCCCAACAAAGGGAAGACUGAAAAGAAAGAGAAAAUCCCUCUAAGAGAUGAAAGUACUCAGGAACAUACAGAUAGAGCUUUAAGUGAACAGAUUUUGAUGGUAAAAGUAAAAUCUGAGCCUUGUGAUGACAUACAUAGUCAUAAUACAAAUGUGCACUUGAGCCACAAUGGAAAGAGUGACCCCUUCUUAGGCAUGGGUCCCACAGUGCAGAAAAGUGCAGCUGCCUUACCAGCUUCCGAAGACUUGAAAUCCGAGCCUGCUUCACCUCAGGAUUUUUCUUUCUCAAAGAAUGGUCUGUUAAGUCGAUUGUUGAGGCAAAAUCAAGAGAGUUACCUGGCAGAUGAUCCGGACAAGGGUCACAGAAAUAGUGAACUGACACUGGCAGAAUCAAAGAAUCUUUGCAUGGUCCCUAAGAAGAGGAAGCUUUAUACUGAGCCUGUGGAAAAUCCAUUUAAAAAGACGAAAACUAACACUGUUGAUGCUGCAAACAGUGCUCCAGAGGUCCUGUAUGGGUCCCUGCUGAAUCAGCAAGAGCUGAAAUUCAGCAGAAAUGAUCUUGACUUUAAGUAUCCGGCAGGUCAUGGCUCUGCCAGUGAAAGCGAGCAUAGGAGUUGGGCAAGAGAGAGCAAAAGCUUCAAUGUUCUGAAGCAACUUCUUCUCUCCGAAAACUGUGUGCGAGAUUUGUCCCAGCACAGGAGUAGUAACUCUGCUGUUGACAAUAAGAAGAAAGGACACAAAAAUAACGUGGUGAGUAGCAAACCUGAAUUCACCAUUUCCUCUUUAAAUGGACUGAUGUAUAGUUCCUCUCAGCCCACCAGCUGCCUAGACAACAGGACAUUUUCAUACCCAGGAGUUGUAAAAUCUCCAGCAAGUCCUCCUUUCCCUGAGCAUUUAGCCUUUGCAGGGUCAAGACCAGAAUCUGGGCUUUUGAAUGGUUGUUCCGUGCCCAGUGAAAAGGGACCUAUUAAAUGGGUUAUCACAGAUGUAGAUAAGAAUGAGUAUGAAAAAGAUUCCCCAAGACUGACCAAAACUAACCCAAUACUGUAUUACAUGCUCCAGAAAGGAGGCAAUUCUGUUACCAGUAGAGAAACACCAGACAAAGACAUUUGGAGAGGACCUUCAUGUACCGAGAACAACUCACAGGUUAUGAUCAAAGAAGAGUUACUUCCUGCUGCAGAAACUAAAGCUUCUUUCUUUAAUUUAAGAAGCCCUUACAAUAGCCAUAUGGGAAAUAAUGCUUCUCGCCCACACAGCGCAAAUGGAGAAGUUUAUGGACUUCUGGGAAAUGUGCUAUCAAUAAAAAAAGAAUCGGAAUAAAAUGUACCUGCUAUCUAGCUUUGGUUCUUUUAAAAACUAAUUAGUGUGAACUUGAGAUCUGUAUAAAUACAAGCAUGAUUUGAGAAAAGCAUGGUAUAAUUGAAAACUUUUUUUAUUUUGAAAAGUAUUGGUUGCUGGUGAUGUUUAAAUAGGCAUACUACUUUUUGCUUUAAAUUAGAUGUCAUGAGGAAAUUACUGAACUAGGAAUUGGUUGUUUAACACUUCUGUAUGCAUCACACAACAACUGUGAGUAGGCUAUGAAUGAAAUUAUUUUAUAUUCAUGAGUAAUAGAAAUAAAAUGGAAAUCUCCAUCCAUAAUGAAUCACUGUAUUUUGAUGCCUUUCAUCCCAUUCCUUUCCUUAGGGUACUUUAAUUUUGGUUUUUUUUGGAACUCACAUAACACAUUUUUUAAAGUUCAGUAAAUUAUAGUAAGUCAUAAUUACUAAAUUCGAAACCUUGUGUUUAUUCAAUUUCAUUAUCCAGUUGAGUACUAAAUUAGUGGGGAAAGACAUUUUUCACUUUUGCUAAAAAA